UCUAUCAGCAUGGAUGCCUACACUGAUUAUACACAAUAUGACUACUUUUACAAUGAGAACUUUACAGACAAUGGAUCAUUUCCUUACAGUGUCACCUUGGACUGUCCAGGCUCUCCCCUCCAUGGCGCCAACAUCUUUCUGCCUGUGCUCUAUUGCCUCAUAUUUUUCACAGGCUUUUUUGGCAACCUCUUUGUGAUCUCCGUUGUGGGCAGAAAAAGUCAGAGAGGAGGGCGUCUGGUGGACACGUUUGUUGUCAACCUGGCCCUGGCUGAUCUGGUCUUCGUCCUCACGCUGCCCCUAUGGGCUGUCUCUGCCAGUCAGAAUGGUUACUGGAAUUUUGGAGCAAUUGGGAAGCUGCUGUGCAAACUGAGCAGCUAUAUCAUCGCCGUGAACCGCUUCUCUAACAUCCUCUUUCUCACCUGCAUGAGUUUUGACCGCUACCUGGCUGUGGUGAAACUGAUAGAUUCCAGGUCCCUGAGGAGCAGCAGUUGCAUUCGGGCCACCUGUGCUACAGUCUGGGUGAGCUCACUGGUGCUUGGCAUCCCAUCAUGGGUCUACAGAAGCGUGCAGGACCUCAGUGAUGGUCCUUCAUGUGUGGAAGACAACAGCUCAUACUUUUUCCUGAGCAUAAGUCUUAUGAUGGCUUUACUCACCUUUGUAUUUCCCGUGUUGAUCAUUCUGAUCUGCUACGGCACCAUCAUCAUGCACCUCAACAAGCACUUUGCUACUGCCAAUCAUCGAGCCAAAGCCCGCCGCAGACACUCCCUAAAGAUGGUCCUCGCCAUCAUCGUGGCCUUUAUGGUGUCUUGGCUCCCUUUCAACUUCUUUAAAGUCAUUAUCAUUAUCUCACAGCUUUCAAAUGCUGAACUCAGUUGUGAUUCACAGACAUGGCAAAGAAACGGACUCCAGGUCUCGUGCUGCAUGGCCUUCCUCAACAGCUGCAUCAAUCCAGCCAUCUAUUUUUUCCUGGACCAUCACUUCAGAAGACAGGCUGAGAUCCUGUUCAACACCUGCAGAGGAAAGCCUCUGCAGAGCUUCAACUCCUCCGCUUCAUUUGUCAAUUCUGGCACUACUGAGAGCUUUGGAACAACUGGAGGGAGAUCUCAGAUUCAGAUAUCCGAGUGAGACUCAAAUCUUAUAUUUAAAUAUGAAGUGGGUGAAGUUAUUGUUCUGUUAUUGUUCCCAACCGUGGGUUAACAUCUCAAAGGGGGUUCUUCUGCUUGAAGAUGUCAUAAUAAGAUUUGUUUCCAUGAAGUAAAAUCAUGAUAAACCACUUACUUGAUAGUUCUAUCAAUAGUAUUUUGGUGAGAACAAGUGUGUAUAGGCGUAUUCUGUUGGGAUUCUACCAAUUAAAACAAUGUGACAACAUUUCCUGUUCACCUUAAAAGACUUCCUACACAAUUCUCUAUAUGUUUAAAAUUGAAGAUUAGAUUGUUGUAAUGACAAUGUAACUGAGAAUGAUCUAAUGUUUUGUUUAUAAGAAAAACCUUCACAGUUGUCCAGGAUAAAUCAAGUGACAGAGAAUAAUUUUACUGGUGUAAAUACCAUUUUACAAAAUAAUCGAUACACCUGAAAAGUUGCAUUUUUUUUCCCUUUCAAAAUAUUCUAUUAUGUUGUUUUUAGAAAAUGUUUGUUACAUUAAUUAUGUUUCAGAGAAUGUGUGUAUUGCUUUGAUAAAAUUGUAUUUCAAGUAUAAAAAUGUUAAAAAAAAAAAUAAAAUAAAAAAAAAUGUUUAAGCAUUUUUCUCAUUUCAGUCAGGUUUUUAAAAAUUUCAAAUUUGAAUUGUACAAAUGUUAAACAGCAGCAAUGUUGGACUUGUUUUACUGUGACUUCUUAACACUGACAUUCCUGGGCUUAAAAAAACAUGUUCAUUUUUUACUGUCAGGUGUUGUUUUUGAAAUGUCAAAUAUUACAGUAGAUUGUCUUGCAAAAAUUCAUAAAGUUUCCUAAUGUAUAGCUGCUCAGUGUUGAUCUGUAAGUAUUGUGUUUAAAAUGUAAAUGUGAGUUUUAGAGCAAUGAUUUACAGAAUAAGCAAUAACAAGUGUUUGUGUGAUAGUGUUACAAUAUAUAUUUUUAAAUCUGCAUUAGCUAUCCAAAGUUAAUUGGUUUACUUCAAAAAUGUGAUAAUACAGAAUUAUACAGUUACAUGACAUCUGAGUAUUUCUUAAGGAGUUAACUGGAUAUGUCUGCUCUCUUAUGGUACACAUACAGUACAUCUAAUAAGUGGACAGGAUAAGGCUUUUUACCAUUUAUACAGUCAAAUGUUUAGUUGCUGUUGUUUUUUAAUCUGCACCAAACCAAGUUUGCCAGUUGAUGUUUUUAUACACAACGCCCAUGUGACUUUUGACCCACACCUUUACCAUCUUCUGUCAAGUCAAAGUCAUUCUCACGUGUUAUGUGAAACUUCAAAUGUUCAUGUGUGCCCACUUGUUUUUCAGUUCUCUCAUGUAGUCAUGUAGUCCCAUGUGAGAAACUUUCAGUUCACAUGCUUCUUCAUAGUAAAACAUACUGAUGUUAGGGGCAGUGUGAUGCCUGCUGCAGGUUGAGCUUCAGUAAAUUGCUCAAAGACACUGAGUCAUGGUCAAGCCUGGGUUCAAACCACAGAAGCUGCCAUUACAGCAAUGGACAAAAGCUGCUCAUUUUUGAGAAUUGAUCAAAUGAAAUAGUGUUUCCACAGAAAUAUGUACAGUAUGACAUUGACAUUAGUGUUUGAUUGCAAAAUGUUCAGCUUAUAGUUCAGAAGUUAACUCUUCAGUGUCCUCUGUCACUUAUGUUCUUCAGUGUUGAUGUGACUGUAAUGUAUAGGACAAUAGGUGUUUGCAAAUGUUGACAGUGCAUGUUUUUCUAAGAAGAAAUUCAAGUUUUUAUGUUAAACUGUAUCAGCCUUGUAUUCUUGAUGUAUUAAU